GAAUAAAACGCAACUUGGACACCUCUAUCCUCUCACAAAUAAACAAAGAAACUACAGCAUGGCAUCUAUACCCGCGCCAGAGGACCCCGCCUUCGUACCAUUCACAAAGGCUGAGCGCAUCCAGCAACUUAACGAAAUUGAUAAAAGCAUAACAACACUUCUCCACUCCGCCGGCCUCGCUCUUCAAACCCUUACCACCACCUCUACUCAGACUUCCUCUCCUCAGGUCCAAAAUAAGCGUGAGGCCUUCCAAGAAAAGUCGAAUACCUACUUGCGAACUCUCCAAUCCAUCGAUGUACGUCUGCGUCGGCAGAUCUAUGGACUGGAGGAAGAGGACAUCAUAGCUGGGGCUAAAACGAAGACGAAAGCUAGCGAGGGACAGGAAGGUGUUGUGCAGGGAGCAGGAGGAAAAGAUGAGACACAGAUCUCGAUCGGGGAGGGUGGAAUGGGGAAAUUGGAUAUUGGGUGGUUGAAUAGUAGGAGUGGAAGCGUGGGAAUGAAAAUGGAGUCGGAGCUGUGGGAGAGAGCAAAAUCAUACUUGGAGAGCAUUGAAAAGUCCGGGGACAACGGAACGAAUGACAGAGAGGGAGAUCACGAUAUGGGGGGCUGAAGUUCUGACAGCUAUUAGUUGCGAUGCCAAUGAAGGACUACAAACGAAGCGAAGCUAGGAAAGCAGCGGACACAGGGGUAAAUGAGCGCGGCGCCUCAAACGAUUGGGGAACGAGUCCAAGAACAGUACAUAGGAUGGUUGGGAAGCGACGCUUCCGCUCAGAGAUGCUGUAGCCAGAAGUCCAGAUGGUUCUAGCUGGCAUUGUGACCAGCAAGCAUGUCAGCCAUUGAGUUAUUUGGCAAAUGCAAAAUCAGCCCAAAAUUCUAGUCCAGUUGGUAAGCCAGGUAUUAUGGCAUUGGUACGUGGAUUAUGACCGGUAUAUAUAUACACCACAAAGCGUUGAACCCUUUUUGUUUCUCCCUAGUAUCUACCUGCAGAAAACCCCGA